CAUAAACACGAUGUAUACUUGCUAUUUGCUAUAGAGCUAUAGACUACUACUAUAGUCGUUUGCAGUUUAGCACAUUUUGUACAGCUGCACCGCCCGUUAUUUACUUAUGAAAACAGAUUUUCAAUUAUGAAAAUAAAUAAAUAUAAUUAUGAAAAUAAUAUAGCAAGUUUUGAAAAUUUGUCAUCAAAGGGUGUUAAAAGUGCAAUAAUUGUACUAUAGAUUGAAGUAUUAGGCACUUCUUUAACAAUAAGAUACUCAGAACUAUAAAUUUGAUUUAAAAAAAGAAAAAAAUGUUAACUUUGAAUUCUAAGUCUUCAAGUGUUGAAAAUAAGUUAUCUUCUGAAAUUAAUACAGUAUCUACUUCUGACACAGAAAAAGUUACUCCUUCAAAAACAACUAAGACAAAUAUUGUUGGCAAAAGACCUGGUCCAAAGUCUAAAACAUGUGUGCCACAGUUAAAAAUUGAAAAAAUGACUUCAAAUCUACUAAACAAAAAUGAAAUUAUUUCAAAACAAGCAAAUAAUAAUGAUGUUAUUGCUAAUUCCAAGGAUUCAGAUAUAUCAAAUACAUGUAAUGUUGAUACAACUGAUGCUAUUGAAGUAGAAUCCAAGAAAGUUGAUAUUAAUGCAACUCAGCUAAGUGAGAGCGGAAUUAAAGGUUUAAUUCCAUCUCUUAAAAAUGAAUCUAUCAUUAAAAUAGAUUCUAGUGCAUGUAUAAAAGAAAAUAACAAAGAUGGAAUAACUUCCAUAAAAACUGAUAAUGUUGUAGUAAAAAUAGAAAGUAAUGAAAUAAAACAAACUACAAUCUUAGGUAAUUUUGGUACUAAUGAAAAAUGUGUAUUUUUAGAAGAAUGUACUAAUCAUUUAGAUGAAGAGAAAAAUGAGAAUAUUGUAAUUAGAGCAAAAAAAGAUACACAAGAACUUAGAGAAGAGGAUGAUAAUAUUCAAGAUCAAGAAUUGGAUCAUGAAAUAUAUGAAGAAUUGGAUCAUGAAGUUGAUGAAGAAGAAACAAAUGAAAAUAGUGAUAGCUUUAAUCAAACUCAUAAUACAGUAAAGUCUGUUCAUGAACUUAACAAAGAUGAUAAUAAUGAAGAUUCUAUUAACUUGACGAUUGGAGAAGAUGAUAUUAAAUUAUUUGCUGAUGAGGAAGAUACAAAUAUUGAAAAAGAGGACGAAGCGAUUGAGAACCAUACCAUAGAAGAAACUUUAUCGAUCAAACAGCGUGAAUCUUGCCAUCCAGUUACUGCUAGUAGCAGAUCAACAACUGGUUCGGUCAAAAGCCGUCGUAGCACAACUGAAAAACGACCAUCUGUUGGAGAUAAAUCACGCAGUACCCGUAAAGAAGACAAGGACAUCAGCAAUGCAAAACCUCUUAUCAAUGUCAGUGUCUUCAAAGAUGAGAAGAAUGAAGUGGAGAAACAAUUUAAAGAUAAAGUGGAAGCAGACAAUAAGCAGAGUAAUGAUUCAAAGUCUCAGCAAAUAUCAAAUGACACAUCAAAGAAAAAUAAUUCAUCCUUGGUACGCAACAUUUGGGUUAGUGGUUUAUCAUCAAUUACUAAGGCUACUGAUUUAAAACAACUUUUUUCAAAAUAUGGAAAGGUGGUUGGUGCAAAAGUUGUUACAAAUGCCAAAACUCCAGGAGCUCGUUGUUAUGGGUUUGUUACAUUAUCCUCUGCUGAAGAUGCUAAUUGUAGUAUUGAAAAUUUACACAAGACUGAACUUCACGGACGUAUUAUUAGUGUUGAACGAGCUAAACGUGACAAUGGUUAUCAAGUGACAGCUAAAAGUUCUGAUUCAUUUAAAGUAAAUGAAAAUUCUGAAAAUGAUCUAAAAAUAAAAAAUAAUGAUGAAAAGAAAGAUAAACGAGAAGAAAAAAGAGAAAAGAGACCAGAAAUUACAAUUAAUGAUGUUAAAAAACAACCAGACUUGUCAACCCUUAAGCGUGUGUCAAAAAAUCAAAAUCAAGAUCCAAAACGUUCUAAAAUUGUGAUUGAAAGUGAUGAACAUAGAAAAGACAGAAGCAUUAAAAGUAAAAGCAAUGAACGUGAUAAAGAAAGAAUCAAAGAAUUAGAACGAGAAAGAGAACAUUUAGCAAGAGAAAAAAGAAAACAACAAGAGAUAUUAAACUUAACAAAAAUGAAAACUGAACGUGAAAUGCUAAAACAAAAAGAGCAUGAAAGAGCAAUGAGAGAAGAAGAGCGUAAGAGGCGUAUUGAAAAAGAACGCCAAUUAGAAAUUGAAAGAAAACAAAAAGAAGAAGCAAUACGCCUCGAAAAAGAAAGACAAAAACUUCGAAUUGAGCGUGAACGAAUUGAAAAAGAAAAGGCUGAACUUUUGCGUUUGGAGCGUGAAAAUCAACGUUUAGAACGUGAAAGAUUACAAAGAGAAAAGGAAGAGUUACGUAGAGCACAAGAAAAAUUAGAAGAAACAAAGCGCCAGGCAUUACUAAAGCGUGCUAUGCCCCUAUCUCCACCACUUCAAAGUAAAAGACAUUCUUCAUCAAAUUCAUCUCGAUAUGAAGAAAGAAAAGAACCAAUUCGUAGUUCUCGUAUCCAGCUUAGUACAGACUAUAUGAAUCAAGCUCCUCCGCCUCCUAACAUAACAUCAUCCAGACAUCGCUAUGAACAGCAUUCAUCAGAGUCUCGCCGUAUGAGGCCAUCACCAUCCCCUCCUCCGCCACCUGCUUCAAGACCUAAAGACUCUACUGUGAAUAUCAGAUAUGGUGCUCAACCAGCAACAGUACAUUACAGAAGCCGUGAUGUUCGAUCAGAUCGAAGAGAAGAAUCUCGUAGGAAAGAUUCAAGUAGUGGAAGUAGUAGCAGACAUGCUCAUUCACUAUAUGAUUCAAACAAAAGUUCCUAUGGAGGAUUAUCACGCAAUACUGAAGAUAAUAGCUGGUCAUCAACUGCAGUAAAGAAUUCUUAUGGCACAGUUGGUUCAAGCUCUGGAACUAAUAUGGUUAUAAGUUUGAGACCAGAUCCAUGGUCACAUAAUACUUUUCGAGAUAUGGAGACAAGCAUUUGGCAACGUCCAAGUCAACCACUACCUGAGAAGUGGAACAGUCCAUCAAGCAAUCCUUCAUCUAUGCCAAUAAGUGGACGUAGUUCUAGUAGUAACGCUUUGUAUGGUAAUAACCAUCAAGUUAUACCUAACAUGGGGUUAAACGUGCCAACAAACUACAGUGAUAGUAGAUUUGACAGUUACAAAAUGAGUGGCAUGUCACGCAAAUAUUAAAUACCAAGCAGUCAAUCAUAGCACAAAACAUUCCUGUAUUUGUGCUCUUUGUUUUUUUUUUUUUUUUUGAACAUUGGUCUGAAGAAUAUGAUCGUUAAAUUGUUCUAGUUUUAUUUUUUUAAGUAAAGUGAUUUAACUUCUUUGCACUUUUCAUACAUAUGUUAUUCAAAUAUAAAAUUAUUUGAUUUUUAGUUGAUUAUAAUUUUAAGGAUAUUUUAAUGUCUAAAUAUAGUUAAUUGCUCUUGUAUACAUUUUAUAUAAAAACUUAAAAUUCAUAACUUCUCAAAUUCUAUUUACCCAUUACAUUUAAAU